AUGUUCCGAGAGAACAGUUGGCUUCGUGAUGAAGCGUUACUGAGUGACAGUUUACUGUUCGAGUACUCUCCCGCUGAAAGUCUCAUCAAUUUUGAACUACCAACGAAUUUCAACACGGAACUCAACGACUGGCAACUCUGUGAUUUGGAUAUUCCGUGUGAUGAUUUAGUUAAUGGUUUGAACGACACGAACACGUCAAAUUUAGAAGAUAGUUCACCAGUGCUGUUCGACUUCGACGAAUUAGACAAAAACAUAGAUUUGGACGACUAUCUCCUCGAGGCAUUAAGUUGUGACAAAUCCAGUGACAUUCAGACAUCAGUGUCAGAUGCGACGGAGAGCAGCAACGAGGGUGCUCUGGGACGACUGUCAGUGUUAGGGAUCGACUUGGAAUCAACGAAUGUCCAAGACAUUCAAUACACACCGAGGGCUCACAAAAGAAACUGUGAAAAAGUGACAAGUGUACAGGAAACGAAAGUAAGGUCGUGGGGAGAGCCCACCUUCUGCUCGGAAGUAGGAGCCUUCCGUUGUCCUGUCGAGGACUGUGGUAAACUAUACGCGAAGGCAUCUCACGUUCGCGCUCAUUUACGUCGUCACAGCGGCGAGAAGCCUUACAGGUGCACGUGGGGUGGUUGUAACUGGCGCUUCGCUAGAUCCGACGAGUUAGCGCGACACCGGCGGAGUCACUCCGGCGAUAAGCCUUACCGAUGCCAAGAAUGCGGGAAGAGAUUCGCUAGAUCGGACCAUCUCGCCAAACACGGGCGCGUACACGCGAGGAGAGCAGCCGCCGCAGCAGCCGCCGCUAAGAGGACCAACGCUCAUACAUACAGAACUAGAAGACUCCUAUAA